AAAGAUUCCCUAUAAACAUACACACAUAUACUUCCUAAAUUGUGCCCUUAUGGCUUUAAAUUUUUAUGUGUGGCAACUUUUAAACACUAAUUAAAUUGUUUAGCAUAUGUUUUGUAUUUUCAUUUUGGCAGCUUACAGUUUUGUACAAGAUCCUUAUUAUAGCAUGAUUCUGGAAGGCUUCAUGCUAACUCUUGUUCUAAUUAAUUGAAACUGUUUAAAAUAUACAUUUUAAAACAAAAAUCUUAUUUUAACUAUAAUUUUGUAGCUAAAAUUCUUUUUCCAAAUUUUGAGAACGUUCUGUGCUACCUACAUAGUGCUGAGAAAAGACAGGAUUUUAAGAGUUGCCCAAUGGUCUUCAAAAGACGAAAAAACAUAAUGAAACAUACACUCACCUGAACUACACCCAUUUUCAAUUUCAACAUAGCAAACCUCCUGUUUGUUCCUAGGGCAAAUUCAAAACCAUACCUAUUGGAAUUGGUGAUUACUGAAGAAAACUUAUGCAAUCAUAAGCCAAAGAUGCUAAACUGGCAAAAAGAAAAUCAUGCAAGCAAGCAAACUCCAACACACACGGGACACACCCUGUCAGUAUAUAAAGGCUUGUCACUGUCCUUGGUAGCAGGCACUCUCUGGGCUAAACAGCAUCACCAUGUCUGUUCGAUACAGCUCACGCAAGCAAUACUCUUCCUCCCGCAGUGGAGGCGGAGGAGGAGGGGGAUCAUCUCUCAGAAUUUCAAGCAGCAGAGGCUCCUUUGGUGGAGGAUUUAGCUCAGGGGGGUUCAGUGGUGGCUCUUUUAGCCGUGGCAGCUCUGGUGGAGGCUGCUUUGGUGGCUCAUCGGGAGGCUAUGGAGGAGGAUCAGGAGGAGGUUUUGGUGGAGGCAGCUUUGGUGGAGGCUAUGGAAGCAGCAGCUUAGGUGGGGGCUUCGGAGGAGGCAGCUUUGGAGGAGGCAGCUUCGGAGGAGGCAGCUUCGGAGGAGGCAGCUUCGUUGGGGGCAGCUUUGGAGGAGGCUUCGGUGGUGGAUUUGGAGGAGAUGGCGGCCUUCUUUCUGGAAAUGAAAAAGUAACCAUGCAGAAUCUGAACGACCGCCUGGCUUCCUACUUGGACAAAGUUAGGGCUCUGGAAGAAUCAAACUAUGAGCUGGAAGGCAAAAUCAAGGAGUGGUAUGAAAAGCAUGGCAACGCAGGCCAGCGGGAGCCUCGUGACUACAGCAAAUACUACCAAAUCAUUGAAGAUCUUAAAAAUCAGAUCAUCAAUCUAACCAAUGAUAAUGCCAAUGUGGUGCUUCAGAUCGACAACGCCAGGCUGGCAGCUGACGACUUCAGGCUGAAGUAUGAGAAUGAGCUGGCCCUGCGCCAGAGCGUGGAGGCCGACAUCAAUGGCCUGCGCAGGGUGCUGGACGAGCUGACCUUGACCAAGGCUGACCUAGAGAUGCAGAUUGAGAGCCUGACUGAAGAGCUCGCCUACCUGAAGAAGAACCAUGAGGAGGAAAUGAGAGACCCAAACGUGUCCACUGGUGACGAAGUGGAAAUGAAUGCUGCCCCAGGUGUUGAUCUGACCGAACUUCUGAAUAACAUGAGAAAUCAGUAUGAACAACUUGCUGAACAGAACCGCAAAGACGCUGAGGCCUGGUUCAAUGAAAAGAGCCAGGAACUGACUACAGAAAUCAACAGUAACAUCGAACAAAUGUCCAGCCAUAAAUCUGAGAUUACUGAAUUGAGACGCACUGUUCAAGGUCUGGAGAUUGAACUACAGUCCCAAUUGGCCUGGUAUAAACAAUCUCUGGAAGCCUCCUUGGCAGAAACGGAAGGCCGCUACUGUGUACAGCUCUCACAGAUCCAGGCUCAGAUCUCCUCUCUGGAGGAACAACUACAGCAGAUUCGAGCAGAAACCGAGUGCCAGAAUGCUGAGUACCAACAACUCCUGGAUAUUAAGAUCAGACUGGAGAAUGAAAUUCAAACCUACCGCAGCCUGCUAGAAGGAGAGGGAAGUUCCGGCGGCGGCGGGCGCGCCUAUGACGGACGUUCCGGCGACGGCUACGGAGGCGGUUCCGUCGGCGGCUACAGGAUCGCCAGGUCCAGCGGCGGCUACGGCGGCGGAAGCUCCAGCGGCGGCUACGGCGGCGGAAGCUCCAGCGGCGGCGGACACGGCGGCAGUUCCGGGGGCGGCCAGGCCGGCGGUUCCAGCGGAGGUCUCGGCGGCAGUUCCGGCGGCGGCUACGGUGGCAGCAGUUCCAGCGGAGGCCACAAGUCCUCGUCUUCCGGGUCCGCUGGCGAGUCCUCAUCUAAGGGACCAAGGUCAGCAGAAACUAGCUGGGAUACUAAGAAAGCCAGUGUAAUCAAGACAAUUAUUGAAGAGGUGGCACCUGACGGUAGAGUCCUUUCAUCUAUGGUUGAAUCAGAAACCAAGAAACACUACUAUUAAACCGCAUCAAGAGGAAAGAGUCUCCCUUCACACAGGCCAUUAUGUAAAG